CAGCGCGCCGGAGCCACCCGCCCGCCCCUCUACAGCCCCGGCCGGCGCGUGCCCCUCUCUGCCGACGACUGCUUCCACGUGGGCAAGGCUGGAAACGUCUCCCAUGCCUUGGGCCUCUCCAGGGAGUUUCUCCUUUAUGACCCCAGUAACCAAAGGGUGCUGAGGAACGUGGUCAAGUAUGAGGAGCUGCUGGAGAAAGGGGCAGUGACCAGCACUGAGCCCCUGCGACGUCCCAAUGGCACCCAUCUACAGAGCCGUGACGCCUACGAGGAGCUGUGUCAGCGCCCGAGGGGGCAGUCAGCCCCAGAGCAUCUCCCACACCUCGUCUGCUCAUAUGAGACCAACGGCAGCCCCUACCUCCUGCUCCAGCCUGCCAAGAAGGAGAUGGUCCAGACCCGACCCUAUGUGGCUUUGUACCAUGAUUUCAUCAGUGACGCCGAGGCUGAGACCAUCAAGGGGUUGGCCGGGCCCUGGCUGCAGAGGUCCGUGGUUGCCUCUGGGGAGAAGCAGCAGAAAGCCGAGUACCGGAUAAGCAAGAGCGCUUGGCUGAAGGACACGGCUGACCCCGUGGUGCGGGCGCUGGAGCAGCGCAUCGGUGCUGUCACCGGCCUGGACCUGAGGCCUCCCUACGCCGAGUACCUGCAGGUGGUCAACUAUGGGCUGGGAGGCCACUACGAGCCACACUUCGACCACGCUACGUCCAGGAAGAGCCCCCUUUACAGGAUGAAGUCAGGCAACAGGAUCGCUACCGUCAUGAUCUACCUGAGCGCGGUGGAAGCUGGUGGCUCCACUGCCUUCAUCUCUGCUAACUUCAGCGUGCCCGUGGUAAAG